CGGUUGGAGACGUGCGCCUGAGCCCUGAACAUGGACUUCGCGUGCCUGUGGCUAGGGCUUCUGCUGCCUUUGGUAGCUGCGCUGGAUUUCAGCUACCACCACCAGGAAGGGAUGGAAGCGUUUUUGAAGAGCGUUGCCCAAAACUACAGUUCUAUCACUUACUUACACAGUAUUGGGAAGUCUGUGAAAGGUAGAAACCUAUGGGUUCUUGUCGUGGGACGGUUUCCUAAGGAACACAGAGUUGGGAUUCCAGAAUUCAAAUACGUAGGAAAUAUGCAUGGAGAUGAGACUGUCGGGAGGGAGCUGCUGCUCCAUCUGAUUGACUAUCUUGUCACCAGCUAUGGGAAAGACCCUGAAAUCACAAAUCUGAUCAAUAGUACCCGGAUACACAUCAUGCCAUCAAUGAACCCAGAUGGAUUCGAAGCUGUCAAAAAGCCUGACUGUUUCUACAGUAACGGAAGGGAAAAUUAUAACCAGUAUGACCUGAAUAGAAAUUUCCCUGAUGCCUUUGAAUAUAAUAAUGUAUCAAGGCAGCCUGAAACUCUGGCAAUCAUGAAGUGGCUGAAAUCGGAGACAUUUGUCCUCUCUGCAAACCUCCACGGUGGUGCAUUGGUGGCCAGUUACCCAUUUGAUAAUGGUGUUCAAGCAACUGGAACAUUGCUCUCCCGAAGCUUAACUCCUGAUGAUGAUGUUUUUCAACAUCUUGCAUAUACCUAUGCUUCAAGAAAUCCCAACAUGACUAAAGGAGAUCAGUGUAAAAAUAAAAUGAACUUUCCCAAUGGAGUUACAAAUGGUUACUCUUGGUAUCCACUCCAAGGUGGAAUGCAAGACUACAACUACAUCUGGGCCCAGUGUUUUGAAAUUACGCUGGAGCUGUCAUGCUGUAAAUAUCCUCGUGAGGAAAAGCUGCCAUACUUUUGGAAUGAUAACAAGGCCUCAUUAAUUGAAUAUAUAAAACAGGUGCACCUAGGUGUAAAGGGUCAAGUUUUUGAUCAGAAUGGAAAUCCAUUACCCAAUGUAAUUGUGGAAGUCGAAGACAGAAAACAUAUCUGCCCAUUUAGAACCAACAAAUUUGGAGAGUACUAUCUACUUCUCUUGCCUGGGUCCUAUACAAUAAAUGUUACAGUCCCUGGACAUGAUCCACAUCUCACAAAGGUGGUUAUUCCAGAGAAAUCCCAGAACUUCAGUGCUCUUAAAAAGGAUUUUCUACUUUCAUUCCAAGGGCAAGUGGAUUCUAUCCUAGUAUCAAAUCUUUCAUGCCCAAUGAUUCCUCUAUACAAAACAUUGCAGAGCCUCUCAGCUGCAACAAAGCCUAGUUUGUUCUUGUUUUUGGUGACUCUUUUGCACAUAUUUUUCAAAUAAAGUAAAAUGUGAAACUCAACCCCCAUCACCACCUGGAAUCAGGGAUUACUCACUCCAGGUGACUGCAACUCUAACUCCCUCAUGGGAUCUCAACUGGAUAAGCUCCAGUCUUCCCUAAGAAGAGAAAUGGAUAUUUCCAAAUCCUGCAAUAAGUAACAUGUGGUGAUAAUGAAAGGAAUGAUUCAGUCUUGAAUGACAGAUGGAAGAUACCUGCCUAUCAAGUACUGCCCAUUUACAAAUUAAUCUUGAAGUCGUUUUAGAAAUGUGUAAUUUAAACUUGAAAAGUAAAACAGAAGUUCCUGCAAGGGGUGGGUGGGUGGCAGGGGGAAGAGCUAGUCAUCUAUUGCAAGAGCCAGCUGACUAUAAAUGACAAAGAUGAACAUUUAUUGAUCACUUACUGUAUAACAGACCUUGCCAUGAGUACUGUUUGUGGAGACAGUAAUAAUUAUGGAAGAAAUAAGACAAUAGUUUUGCUGAUGUUCUAAGAAGAUAUGAGAGAAAACAGGUAAACAUGUCUCAGUGGUCCAAGAAAUACAGCCCUGGUGGGAUAAAAGGUUGUGUCUACAGAGUCCCAAAGAAACAUGUCAAUUAAGGAAGUGUCUCUCCUUCCAGAGUUGGUGUCCCUGCCUUUCUGUACCAAGAUGCCACAAUCCUGUGAUGAUGACUACCCCCAAAUGUGUAACUCCUGAGCUUCAGAUGCACAUCCAACUAACUGCCCACUAGACUUAUUCACCUGGAUAUGACCUAGAGAUGCCUCACAUUCUUCAUGUUGAAAAUUGAGCAUAAUUUUCCCCCUAGUGCUUUUCUUCCUACUACCUUCUGUGACUCAUUUACUGGUAUCGCCAUGCCAAGAAUCUGAGAGUCAUCCUUCAUACUUCCUCUUUCUUCCUCAUCUCCUACCUUCUGUCACUAAAAUUUUAAACUAUCAACUCUGAUUCCACCCUCUCCUCUCCGUGGCAGUUAGUAUUGACGUGUAAGCCCUCUCAGCUCAUUUGCACCCCUGCAACACUUUCCCAUUCUAGGGUCUAUCCUAUGCAUAGCACUAGAGAAGGGGGAUACUUCAACAAUAAGCUGUUUCUAUUUCCUAAACAUGUCACAUACUGUAUUGUUUGUGUCCCCUGUAUCUGGAAUAUCAUUCUGACUCAAUACAUCUUAUUUCCCACUCCUCCAUUAAAACUCCAAUUAUCAACUUCACCAAGAACCUGUUAGUGACCAGGAUCUCACAAAAUUCCAUUCUACCCCUUCCCAGGCAAUCUGGGGAUAGAGACCCUUCCUCUUUGUGCUCCAGAAUCAACUAGUUAUCUCUAUUAUUGGAUUUACACCACUGUAAUAUGAUCUUCUACUUCAUGUAUGCCCCUCAAAUAGAGUAUGUUUUCUACUUGUUUGAAAAAUUCAUUUUUAUAUCCUCAGAGCUCAACACAAGAUAGAAUAAUAAAUGAACAAAGGGUUCCAGUAACCUGCUAUUCCCAGACCCUUCCAGAAACUAUAAGGCUUUUCAUCCUUUUAUGAAACUACAUCUUAUGGCAAUCUCCAGCUCACUGGUAACAAUGACAAAAAUGUUUUCAUGUGUAUUUCAAGAAAAUUCCAAAUACAGGACUUUUACUUGUAUUUAUUGUAAGAUUUGUAGUAAGAGUAUUUUACUUGUUAAUGAUACCACAAUCUAUAUUUUCUUACCAGAAGACAAAAUUUUUUGCCAUUAGCAAACAAUUUGAAACUACUGUCCUUUACAUAAGAAAUAAGGAGGAGGAAAGGAUCCACCAAAAUGCAAUCACAACUCUGGUGGGCAGAAUUCUUAAGAGUUGUGUAUUGCUCAUGAAAAAUGAGUUCCCUUGUUUUAAAUUGAAAAUUUUGCAGGAUCUGAAAAUAAAACCACACUGCACUUGGUACAUGAUGAAGGCCUGAGAACCACAAAGAAUUGAGGUGCUACAUGGGCAUUUAGGUGCCAAGCUUAUUCUACAUGCACAAAACUGUACAGGCUGAUAUCAAUAGUACUUGUGAACUUUUAACCACUUAGGUAAUAACCUGAAUAUUUUAAUCAUUUUUUAUUUAAAUAAGCAGUAAUUUAUUAUAUACUUAAAGGUAUGGAUUAAUAGUACCAAAAUUGUUUUUGGCAUGUUAUAUAUAAAAGCAUAUAAGACCAAACUUGAUGUAUUAUCAAACCUUAAAGGUUUUCAAGAUAGUUUUUAAAGGAGCAUAAACUAAAAUCAGAAUUAGUUCAUGACCCUUAAUAUAAAUUUCUUCUGAAAUGUUUAAAUCAAAGAUUUCUACCAAAAUCAAAUUUUAAAUCAUUAAAAGAUAAACAGGGUGUGGCUCAGUGUGCUUAGCAUGCAUAAACCCCUGGGUUCAAUCUCCAGCACACCUUCCCCCACAGAAAAAGACAAAACACAACCUGGCAUUCUGUGAUCAGAUCAGACCAGCUCCCCAAACCUCCCUAACGCCUUUCCCACUUUGUCCAUACUCACAGCGCAUAGAUAUGCUCCUCAGGCUCAAGUUCAACUGUAAUCCUUCUACGGUAGAAAAUAUGAUAAAGGUUCUGAAGAUAGGAGAAAAAUGCAGGAGUUAUAGGAGCCCUAAUUCACCACACGUUUAGUUACCUAAACUAGACCCCUGCUGGACUGCAAACUGGUAGGAGAAAUCAUACUGUGGUGCCAUUUUUGAUGCUUGUCCAAGUGAAGGAAGGAUAAUUAAUAUUCAGGUUGACAAAUAUUUUGAAGGCAGCAUAAUACACCUUAUUAAAGGCUAAAUCUUUGACUGAAAACCAAAAUAUUGGUUACCAAGAAUGAUCAUCUAGUAAUAUUAUGGAAGCUUUCAUGAAGUGUUUAGCUUUCUCAUGAGCCUACUCAAAUGGUGAUCAACAUUAAUAUAAACCUAGAUGGUAGGGAGUAUUUUAGAGAAAUGUUAAGUCCUUGCAGACAAAUGUCAGUGUUGAUUUUGGUGCUUAAUUUAUUAUAUUCAGAAAAGCUGCUGAAUGUAUCAGAAAUGUUAAAAGCCUCUUCUCAACAUUUCUGAAAGUAUUUCUAAGAAAUACAUUGUGUUUUGUUCUAAAAGCAAAUUUGUAUUUGUAAUGUUUCUAAAAUGAUGUAAAUUAGCUUUAGGUUUAGAAAGUAUAAAUAUCUUAUGAAUUGAAAAUAUAUUUUCCUAGGGAAUCCAGAAAAAUAAACAUAGUGUAUUCUCAUUACAACAGGGUAAGUUGCUCAAGUUUGGUUCUUAUUCUGCAUAGUAACAAUACAAUUGAUGUUUAUGACAAA